AAGGGAGAUUAUUCAUAUCAGCCGCCAUUUCAAAGUGAUAAAGCAGUUUUGUCAACGUUGUCGGUAAGCUGUUUCUUGGUCUGUACAUAUUUACUUUCUAAUGAGUUCCAUCGGUACUGGUUAUGACUUAUCUGCAUCGCAGUUCUCACCCGACGGGCGUGUAUUCCAAGUGGAAUAUGCCCAAAAAGCGGUAGAGAACAGCGGCACGGCGAUCGGCAUUCGCGGCAAAGACGGUGUUGUGUUCGGCGUUGAGAAACUUGUGCGGUCCAAAUUGUACGAAGUGGGAGCAAAUAAGAGGAUAUUCAACAUUGAUACACACAUCGGUGCUGCAGUCGCUGGUCUACUAGCUGAUGCUCGUCAUGUAAUUAAGACAUCCCGCGAAGAAGCCGCUAAUUAUCGCUACAACUACGGAGAGUCGAUUCCCCUCAAGUAUCUUACCAACAGAGUUUCCAUGUACGUCCAUGCUUACACUUUAUACAGCUCCAUGCGUCCGUUCGGUGUGAGUAUGAUUAUGGGCUCUUAUGAACAAGGCAAUCCUCAACUCUACAUGAUCGAUCCCUCUGGUGUAUCUUGGGGCUAUUGCGGUUGUGCCAUCGGUAAGGCUCGCCAGACAGCGAAAACCGAAAUCGAAAAGCUGAAGACCAAAGAUAUGCCUAUUACUGAAGUAGUGAAAGAAGUAGCCAAAAUUAUCCAUGUUGUCCACGACGAAAUCAAAGACAAAGCUUUUGAAUUGGAAUUAAGUUGGGUUGGAGAACACACUGGUGGAAAACACGAACUUGUACCAACACAUAUUUUAGAAGAAGCCGAAACCGCUGCCAAGAACUUCCUCAGGGUCGCAGACGACGACGGAGAAGAGUGAAUCGAACUGUUGACUCUUAUUUUUGUAUUUUUAAAGCUAAGAAUGACUGAAUGUGUUUCGAUUUCACAUCAUUAUAGAACUGAAGGCGGAAAGUAGUUUCAGUAAUGUUUUUUUCUUACUGCUUUUUCGCCUGCAUUCCGA